AACUCAACAUACUAGUGCGCAAAAGACAAAAAAGUGGCUUUCGUUGUCUCUCCAUAGCCAAGAUGGCUGCAGCAAUCUUUAAGUGUGUCUCUUUGUUUUUUCUAGUGACUUUGGCCAUUGGAUUAAGUCCGAAUGUACCUCGAAUUUCUAUCAAAGAUGCGAGAGGGGCCAGAGAACAAGUUGUGCUUGGAAAUCGUACUUACGAAAUUCCCACUUACAAGCUCGAUUGGUUUUCUGCCAACUACGCUUGCAAAGCAAUGGGCUUAGCUUUAGUAAGCAUCGAGACAAAAGAGGAGAAUGAUCUUCUAAAAGGCUACAUAUUGACAAACCACGAGGGAAUUCCCUUUUGGACAUCUGGCAACGAUAUGUAUGUAGAGGGAAAGUGGUACUGGGACAGCAUCGGUGAAGCGAUUGGGCCUUUUUCUGACUGGCACCCGAACCAGCCUAGUGGUGGAACACUCCAAAAUUGUUUGCAGUUUGCUUAUGCGUCUGGUAAUUUUUGGAAUGACCAGCCCUGCAAUACAACAAUCAAUUUCAUUUGUGAACAGAUUUGCCCAAGUUGCAAACUGGCGUCAAAUAACACAAAUCCAGUAAAGAGUUUGCAUGUAGGAAUUAAAAAUAAAAACUAAAUUAUUUAUUUAGCAGCAGUGAAAAAGUAAAUUUUAAAUACCUUUGUAUAAUAACAAUUUUCUACCACUUCAAAAAGCAACAAAAAUUUGGUUGUUUGUUGUUCUGCAAUAAAUAUAUUAUACAAAAAUUUUCAUAAA